AUGAAUCCAGAUUCAGAAAUUCCUAUAAUACAAGCUAAAUCACCUUCGCAGAAAGAUACGCGAAUUCAAUAUCUAAAAGAUUCCAACAAACAAUUAGCUACGAAAGAGCAAAACGUAAAAGCAUCAACAGUUAAAUCGAACGUUGAAAAUAUUUCGACUCAUAAACCAGAACCUAAAGAACAACGCGUUAUACAUCCAACUAACAAUCACAGAAUUAACGAGCCUCGGCACAGAAAUUCUAAUUACGAAGAAAACGCGAGAAACAAUCCAACUCAUCAUCCUCGCAAAGCGGGAUCAAAAUCUUAUCAUCCUGGCGAUUAUAGCGACCCACCGAUUUACCGAGAAGCGGCACCCACCGAAAGAAGUUACGGAUACAACGAUUAUCGUCAGCGAUAUCUCAAUCAUCCGAAUAAUUAUUAUGGAGAAGACGAAGAUGACGAAGACGACGAUGAUUACGAUUAUUUCCAUCGCGAAAGAUAUUCUCCGAGAUAUCCUCAACCUAAUAGAUACGUUUACUCACAAAAUACUCCCCGAUAUCCGGAAUCAGAUUCUUAUCCAUACUCGAAAGUUAUUUCUGUAAAUAAUCAUAAUUUAAACGGGGAAAGACCACAGAGACCGGAUAUUCCGCAAAGACCUAAUGUAUAUAGUAGUCCCGAUGGAUCGAGAAAUCAACACUCAAUUGACUAUCAAAACGAAAAUACAAAAUAUUGGAGACCGAGUGAAAAUUUUAGAAAACCGAACGAAAAUCAUAAAGAUUAUCGAGAUUCUGCUGAACACAGUAGACACAAUGAAAAUAAUUCUGAAAAAUAUAAAACUGGUAAUCCAGAAACAAGUUUUUACGAUAGCGAUGCUAAAAACAUAUCUCCAGACUAUAACCAGAAUUACAAAAGCAACGAUCCUGAUAAUGCUAAUUCUGAAAAGUAUCAUAAUGAAAGAACAUACAACAAAAAUGAAGAGUCGGACGAUGCGACUUACUCUAACAGCAAAAAUCCCGAUAACUUAAAUAAUCAGGAUUCUGCAGCAAAUUACGAAAAUUAUAAGGAUCAUACAACGAAACAACCAAUACGAUACAAUGAGUUUCCAAGAAAUGUAAAAGCGGAAGAACCGACGAGUGAAAAUACAAAAAUUUCAGAAGAUUCUGGAAAUUAUGAUUCGAGAGAAUCAUAUCCAAAAGGACCGAGACUAGAAGGACCAAGAAAUUCGGGAAAACUUAUAUAUUAUGAUUCAAAUCAAGGAUUCAAAAAACCUGAAACCGAAUACACGAAAGUCAUAUUUCCCGAAAAGUCAAGAGCCGAAGAUGUAAGAAUUUCAGAUGAUUCUAGAGAUCCGAGACAUCGUUCUCCAUAUUUAACACCAAUAGUUGAAGAUUCGAGAAUUUUAAAUGCUCCAAAGUACGAAGAUUCUAGAAACCAAGAAUAUGAAAAGCCUGUAAUUCAAUAUCCAGUAGUAGUAAAUCCAGAAAUACCUAAUACCGAUGGAGUAAAGAUUUCAGAUGAUUCAACAUACCACGAUUCAGAAAGACCAAAAGUAGACGAUUCAAAAAUUUCGGUACGUCCAGGAUAUCAAAAUUCGAAUCGAUACUCAGAAAAUCCUCACAUUGAGGAUUCAAAAGUAAUAAUCCCAAACAAGCCAGAAACUGAAGGAGGAAAGCCUAAUUUUAACACUGAAGAAAUUAGAUCUGAUUAUCACGAAAGACCGAUAAAAGAAGAUACAAGAAUUUUAGAAGAUAAUAGAAAUAUAAAGCCAGAGAGACCAGAGGUUGAAUAUCCAGUAAUUAUAAAUUUACACAGACCAAAAACUGAUAAUGUGAGAAUUUCGGAAAAACCUAAAUAUCACGAAAGACCAGAAUACGACGAUUCAAGAAAUAUACAAGAAAAACCACCAAGAGACGAAAUACGAAAUAAUGAAGAAAGAACUAGAUAUAAUUCAGAAAAUAAUAAAGAAGUACCAGUAUAUUCUGAUGAAGAUAUUAAUAAUAAAAAACCAAGAUACGAAUAUCCUAGAAAUGAAGACGGUUCAUCGUAUCACGAUUCAAGAAGCAACCGUGAAAAUUUAAGAGAUGAAAAUCAAAGAGAAAAUCGAGAAAAAUCACGAUACAAUCACGACACUUCAAGAAAUAAACAAGAAAGACCAAUAUACGACGAAUCAAGAAAUAGAAAACCGAGGCCCGUAGUUCGUGAACCAGAAGUAAGAUAUCUAGAAAAUUUUGAAUCAGAAGAUCCAAAAUCUUUGGAACAUUCAAGAUUUCAAGAUUCUAGAAGUAUACCAGAAGCACCGAUAGUUCAAAAUCACGAAAUUGCAACUAAACCAAAAUUUGAAGAAACGAGUAAAUCGAGUCAGAACAAACCUAAAUCGGAAUAUGUAGAAGAUAGAGAUUACAGAAAAUAUCCAGAAACGAGCAUUCAGCCCCCCAAACAUCCAAACUAUAAGAAUCCAAAGGUUAAACAUUCGUAUAACGAAGAAGAAAGAACAAAAAGUCAAAUUCCAAAACUGUUGAAUUUUGGAAGGUUAAACUCCGAAUAUGGAUCUGAAAUAUAUCCUAAAGAUAAAAAAUCCGGAAUUACCUAUCACACCGAUCCCGUUACUCCAAAAUAUCAAAACUCUGAGAAGUUAAUUAACGUACAUUCUCCUGACACGUAUCAGUUAAAUUCUGACGGUGAUAAAAGAGGAAAUGGUCGUUAUCAAAAUUCAAAAGAAAUAGAUCAUGCUGACCCUUCGGAAGAUUACUCAAAGACAAACAACGAAAAUCAUAAAGAAAACGAUCGAAAUUUAGAAAAUACAAAACAAAGAGAAAAUCUACCGAGAGAACUUCGUUAUUUAAAUAAAAACCAACAAAAAAUUCAGGAAGUAACGAAACAACCACCGCAUUACACCAAAUACGAGGAUGAAAAAGAAACGACUGGAACAAUAUAUUAUACUACGCCUCUUUCGACUUUCGUUGAUGCAACAACGGAAGAAAAUUUAAGUCACUUAUUUGACAAAGAAAAAUUUGGUGAUAGGAUAAAACCGACAAGUAGUACAAAGCAGAACAAAGUGCCCGACAAUUUUAAAAGUCAAGAAGUUUCCAUUGCAGAAAUUCCUCAAAAGAGUAAAACGCAUCCGGGAAAUACGUUCAUAAUUCCUUUCGUUAUGUAUAAAGGUAGAUCUAAUACAAAACGAUCAAAUUCGAGUAAUAUAGCUUCAUUUAAUAACGAGGAUCAAGGAAAAGAAUCUAAUUUACACUACUCUCCCACUUCCCACAGUGAUUCUGAUAUUCUCGAGCAAUCUCGCCAAAAUGCAAAUCAACAAUACUCAUCGGAACAAAGCCAUUCUCCGAGAUCGCAUCAUAAAGACAAAGCAUCAGAAUUGUUAACAAUUUCGACACCUCUGACAACACCGUAUACGUACGUAGAACCGAUCGAAAGUACAACAGAAAUUUUAUCGGAUACUACCACGCGGCGUUAUAGAAAAAGAAAACCCAAAAGGAGAAGGAGGAAACAUGGCAGAAGAAGACGUCCGAAGAGGCCUCGAGUGCAAAAUACAACAAUUUCCGAAGACCAGACUCAAAUAUUACAAGCUUACAGCGAAUCUCCUUUGACCGGUGUCGAUCAAACAACUCUAUACGUUACCACCGCAAAUUACGAUACAACACUAAAGCAAUUUGCAACAGAAAACAUAAAUUAUAACGAAAAAUAUGACAGAUUAUCUUCGCUAAAGGUCCGAGAUAUUACGACUAUAUUUCCAAUAGAACUACCAAAUCAAGAAACACACUCGGACAAUAGAUUCGUGAAUAGACCAGAAAAACAAAACACGUAUUCCACAGCCCAGGAAUAUGACGAACGGCAACCAUCGUAUCGCGAUAGAUCUCAUUUCAAGACAAGAGUUACAUCUAACCACACAUCACAAUCCUUCACACCAGCGAUAACAACGCAGAAACCUUUUACCUAUGAAAAAGUAGAGGAUGUCACUACGACAGAAUCACUAACAACGUCCAGACCAAUAAGAACAAGAAAUAGAGCGACUCGUCAAAAAUAUAAAAAGAGGCCUCGACUUUUUAACUUUGGAAGACCAAAAUCUAACGAGCAAAUUUCACUGACUACUUCAUUACCAUCCACUCAUCAGGAAUCUUCCUAA